UGUAAAGGAAUUUUACUAUUUAAUUGUUGUCUGUUUUAAAGUGCCAAAUGUUGAGAAAAUAUUUCUAUUUUCCUUAAGAAAUAAAAUAGAUAUAUUUAAAAGAAAUUGUAACAAACUAAAGAAAAAAUAUUUUAAUAAAAGCAAAAGUUAUUUUAAUUGAAAAUUUUUUCCUGGUUGCUUGUGUUGGUUUGUUUAAAGAAAAAAAAAAAAAAACAGCAGCCGUUCCAGCAAUAAGAAAAAAUGAGUGCAUUUGAGGUUAAAGUGACACCAACACGAUGUAAAAAUAAAAAACUCACAGAGUCUCGAGAACCUACGGAGGUGAUAAUGGCGCCAUUUUCCGGCAAAUCCAUUGUUUUAUUCGAGGAUGUUCCAGUGACAAAAACAGCCAAACGUCUUCUUAGAAUAAUAAAUCCCUCAGAGGAUGAUAUUGAGGUGUCGGUCAGUAAAUCGAUUAAUCCCGAACACAAUAUCAGCUUAGAAUGGUUAGAGAACUCUGUGCCGGCACAGAGUGAAAUAACACUGGAAAUGGUGUGGUCACCACAAAUGGAUGUUGCCUGUAAAGAAACAUUACAACUCAUAGACAAUCGAAAUUUUCGCAAAGAUGUAAUGGUCAUACUAAAAUCUAAACCCAUUAAACAAGUAAAGAGUGUACGAAAAUUUCCAACCAUAUCGUCCGGAAAUAAUACACAUGUCAAAACCCUGCGAUUAAAAUCACCAACAAGUGCUGCCAAUAAAGUUGUAAGUAGAUUAACACACCAACAACAUCAACAGCAACAACAACAGCAGCAGUUACAACAUCAGGCUCAAAUGCAAAAGAAACGUUUAACAGCUCAUGAUGCAGCCUCUAAACGAGAGACUAUUGAUAAAAAUAAACAGCAAUUGCAGCCGCACUGGAAUAGUAGUGUUUACGUUGCCAAUAAAAAGAAUCAGCAGCCACCUGUAAAGGAAAAUUUACAACCACCGAAAGCUACUUUACAUAAUCACACAUCGCCUCUAAUGGAACGUAAUGUUUAUGCAAAUAAUAAGGAGGAAGCAUUGGCCACAAAUCUAUCGCCUCAUGUUAUGGAUAUGGAAAGUGAGAACCUUAAGGAAAACGUUAGCCCUUUGGCUCUAACAAAUGUAUUAAAUAUGAUCGAUGAAUUGAAGUUUACGCCAGCUACUGUUACACUCUCCAAACCGAAUGAAUCAAGACUAGAUAGUUUGGCAUCUUUGCCAACCCCUAUGGGACCUAAUGCUAUUACGAUAACAUUAACACCAGAGGCACAUCCUGAUCAUCAUAGAGACUUAAAGCCAAGAUGUUUAUCAGUUGAAUUAUUGGAUGAGGCUCUUUCUAGUGAAGACAUACACAAUGAUACCAAAGGUACAACCAUGGUUAUAACAAACAAAACGUUUGAUGUUAAGCUAAGUGAAAGUUUAGAAAUUUCCUGCGAAACUCUAAAUGGUUCUUCAGGAGAAGGACGUACAAGUAGUGCUUGCAGUUUAGUUAUAAAUAAAACUACUGUUAUAAGUACCACUCCGGUGGCCAGACCUUUGGAAAUUAUACAAGAAGAAGACAAUAGCCCAACAUCUUUAACUACGGCACCAAAAGUAGAAAAUCAAAAUUCUGUAGAAACACCCCAAAAAGGUGAAGAAGAUCUUAAGCGUGAUAUUAAGCUAAUAGGUACUCCUUUGCGUAAAUAUUCAGAAUCCAUGAAGGAUUUAUAUCAAAAAUCUCCACAGUCUAUAGUAAUAACACAAGGAUCUCUACCCAAUCUCAAUGAAAUGGAAACUAUAAAAUCCUUUGAACAAAAUCGUUAUUUUAUACAGGCCAACUCCCGAACAGAUGUCAAAACUUCUAUGCAAGCUAUAACUGCCGUCCCACCAGAUAAUAAACACAAAUCCGAACAACUAAAUGAAUCUUCCGAUCAAUUGGAUUGUAGUCGCAUGAGUUUGAUUUCUCAUCCCGAUGUACAGUUUAAUCAAAAUGAGAUUUUAGCACAAUCCAGUCGUUUUAAUCUAAAUGAAGUGGGCCUUAAAUAUCGUAAGAAUAGUCCCAAUAUAACAAAAUGUAAAACAAACAAUACCGCUAAACGCAAUCCCACACCACCGAAGAUCACUAAGAAACUGAACAGUGUACCCGAAACCCAUAAACGCAGAUCCAAUGAAUUGUCUUUUUCAGAUUCACAAAGUAUGGAUUCUGUUAUAAGUGGCAGUAGCACUACCAGCUUAAGAACUAAUUCAACAAAAUCAAGUUAUGUCACAGUAUCCCCACCAAAACGGCAAAGACUUGAAACAGACUCUAAUCUGCAUAAGCAGAAAACUCCCACUAAUGCCUCAGCCUCGAUAAAGGCUAAAAAUUGGUCACAAACUCAACCCAAAAAAUUCAAAUUGGCAAAGACGCUAUCGCUGGUAAAGAAACCUUUAACACCCCGUAAGGUUAAAGAAGAACCACGCAUUAAACUUUACGAAGCUGAUUUAUAUCUGCAACCUUACAUCAAUCCUGAUCCCUUUGCCGCUACUACCACCUGUGAUCCCUUUCUGGCCUCCACCAUGUAUUUGGAUGAAGCAUCAGUGGAUAAACAUCAAACUGAUUUUAAAAAGUGGCUUAAUGCUCUAGUCACUAUGCCCGCCGAUCUCGAUACCGAUUCUAAUGCCAAAAUUGAUGUAGGUAAACUUUUUAACGAAGUACGCCAUAAAGACUUAAUCCUAGCACCCACAAAAGAAGAACAAUCUCUUAAUUAUUUGACGAACUUUCGUUUGGAGUCUCUACGGCGAGCAGCUGUUGAACUUUUCCUAAGUGAAGAGAUGCGUGCACCCUGCUCUAAAGUAGCUGUAUAUGUACAAAAGAAUGCUUUACGCAUACGUAGUGAUCGAAAUUUACAUUUGGAUGUUGUAACACAGCGUGACAUUUUGGAAUUACUGUUAUGUUUUAAUCCUUUGUGGUUACGUUUGGGUUUGGAGGUGGUGUAUGGUGAGAAAAUACAUCUGCAGUCUAACAGGGAUAUUGUGGGAUUGAGUUCAUUUAUAUUGAAUAGACUCUUUCGUGAUAAAUUUUUGGAACAAAAAUAUUCCAAAGCCUACACACUUUCCGAAGAAUACGCCGAACACAUUAAAAAAUUCACCCUACAAAAGUUCUUCUUUCUCUUGCUAUUUUUGGAUAGAGCCAAAGAAAAGCGUAUUAUUGCUCACAACCCUUGUCUCUUUAUAAAAAAAUCUCCUCACAAAGAAACACGUGAAAUUCUUUUGCGUUUUUCCUCCGAACUAUUGGCCAAUAUUGGUGAUAUAACUAGAGAAUUAAAACGUUUGGGUUAUGUUCUAACACACAAACAAAUAUUUCUUGAUGAAUUUGAUUAUGCUUUUCAUAAUCUUGCAGUUGAUCUAAGAGAUGGUAUACGCUUGACCCGUGUUAUGGAAAUUAUAUUAUUGCGUGAAGAUUUAACCAAACAAUUGAGAGUACCAGCUAUUUCUCGUUUACAAAGGAUAUUUAAUGUAAAUUUGGCUUUAAAAGCCUUGGGAGAAGCUGAUUUCCAAUUAAAGGGAGACAUCACAGCGAAUGAUAUAGUUGAUGGCCAUAGAGAGAAGACUCUUUCGUUGCUAUGGCAAAUUAUCUAUAAAUUUAGAUCACCAAAAUUCCAUGCUGCUGCUAGAGUAAUACAAAAAUGGUGGAGAAAUUCUUGGCUUAAAGUAGUCAUACAAAGAAGAAUACGUUUUAAGGAAGAACAGAGACGGGAAGCAGCAGCUAUUGUUAUACAAUCCCUAUAUCGAGGUUUUAUGACCCGACGUUUUGUCGAUAAAUAUAGAAAGAAACGUGUACAGGCCGCUUUGGUAUUUCAAAAAUAUAUCCGCUGCUAUCUGGCCCGCAAAAGAUUCCUUAAGACUGUACACUGUACGGUGGUUAUACAAAAAUGGCUUAGAUCUGUUAUAUUGGGAAGAGAAUGUCGUGAAAACUUUUUACAAUGGCGUAAAAGUGCGAUAUGUCUACAACAACAUUGGAGAAAUAGAAAACAAGCAAGAGUCCUACGUGAACAGGCAGCUUUAGCCAAAUGUAAAUAUCAACAGCAAAGAAAUAAAGCAGCCACAUUAAUACAGGCCUCUUGGCGUGGUUAUAAAGCAAGAACACAAUUUCUUAAGAUUAUUUUAGCAAUACUUGUUUUCCAAAGGAAGUUCAAAGCUCGUCAAUUAAUGAAACAACACUAUGGCGACUAUUUGAAAUUGAAGAAAGCUACUAUUUGUAUACAGCAACGUUUUAGGGCUAAAAUGUCCAUGAAGAAAGAUAUGGCAAAUUAUCAAUUAAUACGAACUCGUGUUAUUUACAUACAACGUUUAUAUCGUGCCACCAUACUGAUGCGUCAACAGCGAAAAGAAUAUUUACAUAUUAAAAGUAAAGUUAUUUGUAUACAACAAAAGUGGCGUGCCACCUUAUUGGCUCGUAAGGUCAGAGUUCAAUAUCUUGCGGUGCAAUAUUACACUUUAAUUGUACAACAAAAAUUCCGUGCUAGAAAACAAAUGGAAAUUGAACGUAAAAAAUAUUUGCAACUGCAAACUUGUAUCAUAAAUGUACAAAGACGUUUUAGAGCCAAAUUGGAAAUGCGUUUGCAAUAUACACAAUUUCAAAGAAAAUUGCAGGCCAUCAAAACCAUACAAUCACAAUUUAAAGCUUACAAAGCCAUGCGUUAUCAAAGAGCCAAAUAUCAAGGUACCAGAGAAGCUGUUCUUUGUCUUCAGGAACACUUUAGAGGUUUUCUAAAAAUGAAAGAAGAACGAAAGAGGUUCUUGCAACAAAAACAAGCUGCUACUGUCAUACAAAUAGCUUACAGAACAUAUCGUCUAAUGAAAUUACAAAAGGGAGACUACAGAAGGAUAAAACAAGCCGUUAUUUGUAUACAAAGAAGAUUACGAGCAACUUUAGCCAUGAGAGCUCAAAGAAAAGAAUAUUUAAGACAACGUAAACUAAUUAUUUUCAUACAAAUACGUUACAAAGCCAAGCUCUUGGCAAGAAAAGUACGAUUGCAAUACCACCAGCAACGUAACAUGAUCAUUGCCCUGCAAAGAAGAUUCCGAGCACAACAAUUAAUGUUAAAGGAACAACAGCAAUAUCAAGUAAUACGUUCUCGUAUUAUUUGCAUACAAACCUAUUAUCGAUCGCACUUACAGCGAAAACAAGAACAGACCAAAUAUCAGCUACAACGUUCUUCAGCAAUAAAAAUUCAAACUUGGUUUAGAGCCGUUCUAAAAAUGCGCAUGGAAAAACAAACUUACCAACGUGUACGCUCCUCCAGUAUAACAAUACAGCAAAGAUGGCGAGCAACAUUAGAAGCCAAGAAACAAAGAACUACAUUCCUAAAAACUAUACAGAAAAUAAUUUAUUUACAGCGAUUAAUUAAAGCCACACUGGUCAUGAAAAUGGAACGUGAACAAUAUCAAAAACUAAAAGAAGCUGCUAUUGUUAUACAAAAACGCUAUAGAGCCCGAAGAGAAAUGCUACAAAUACGUUCACAAUAUCAGCUUAUACGUUCUCUCAUCAUUUGCAUACAAAGACAUUUUAGAGCCAAACGUGCCAUGCUUAAGGUACGCAACGAUUUUGUACUGUUAAAAUCCACCGUCAUACAUUUACAGCAAAAAUUCCGAGGACGUCAAAAAAUGCGUAUUGAUCGUGAACAUUUCCUGCAGUUAAAAACAAAUAUUGUUGAAUUUCAAGCUCAUGCGCGUGGUCUGUUGGCACGACGUCGUUUCCAGGCUCUUAUGACUCCCGAAAUGAUGGAAUUGUUGAGACAGAAAAAGGCAGCUAAAAUAAUACAACGUUUCUGGCGUGGUUAUCGUAUACGUAAACGUUUUAAUAAUGUACGUAUCAAGGUUAUACGUAAAAAUAUUGCUCUACUCAAGGAGACUUCAAAUACUGUAAAUUCUAUUAAGUUUAAAGUACAGGAUGCGGUACGUUUGCUAAGAGGAAGAUUUAGCGCAUCGGAGGCGUUGCAUGUUUUAAUGAGAUUGGAUCGCAUAUCACGUACUGUACCACAUUUACUAAUGUGUCGUUCGGAUUUUAUAUCAACCUUUUGCUAUGGCAUUAUGGCACAAGCCAUACGUUCCGAAGUUGAUAAGCAAUUGAUUAUGUAUUGUAGUCGUAUCAUUUUGAAUUUGGCACGUUACAACAGUACAACCGCAAAUACAUUCCAAGAAGGUGGUCUCGUUACAAUUGCCCAAAUGCUGUUGCGCUGGUGCGAUAAGGAUUGUGAAAUUUUUAAUACGCUGUGUACAUUAAUAUGGAUAUUUGCCCAUUGUCCGGUUAAGCGUAAGAUUAUACGUGAUUUUAUGACAACAACCGAUGCCAUUUACAUGGUGCGAGAAACAAAAAAACUUGUAGCUCGUAAAGAGAAAAUGAAACAGAAUGUACGUAAACCAUCGGUACCAACAUCGAUGUUGUCCUCAUCCUCAACAACAUCAACCUCUAUACGCGGCCUUUCACAACAACAGCAGCAGCAGCAACAACAAAACUUUUCGAGUCGUGCCUUACCCAGUCUGGAACCUGAUUAUGGUGUCAUACGCAAUAAGCCAUAUACAUUUAUAUCCUCCGUAUAUGCCUUCGAUACCAUUUUGUAUAAAUUGGGAAUUGAUAUUUUCUAAAUGAUUUUUUAAACACAUCUGUCUGUUUCACACCCCUACUCCGUCUGUCUAUCACUGUCUCUAUAUGUAUGUAUGUGUUUUCAUCACUUGUAUCUGUAAGUAAGUGUUUUAUGUCUGUCUGUCUGUUUGGCUGUUGUGUAUCUCUGAUGUUGUUCACCAUCGUGUGCACAUUGUGCAGUGUCUGUUAAAUUUAGUCCUUGCUGUUUUUAUUCAUUUAAUAUUUUUUGUGUUUCCUAUUUCCGUUUUUUUUUUUCUUGUUUAGUUUAUUGUAUUUUUCUUGUAACUUUUAUGUCGUUUGUUUUUUUUCUCAAUGUUUAAACUACAAAUCAGUUGAUUGUUUAUUUUCCGUUUUAUAUAUUUUUUUUAUUUCUCUAUGUAUUUUCUUAUUGUCUUUUAAUGGAUUUAAACUAGAAAUUGAUUUUAUCUCUUAGGGCGGCAAUUCAUUGCUCUAUAUUUUUAUAUUCGUUUACUUUAUCUCUAGACUCGUACAUAAAUUUAUGUUUUUUAUUUUUAUAAAACUUUACAUAUUUUUUUAUUUAUUUAAAGAAUAAACUUUUACACGUAUGUGUGUGUGUGUCCCUUUUAACUAUAUUUUUUAUCUCUUAAGACUGUAAUUUAUACAUGUAGUCAUCAUCACCUUUAUGGGUUUCCAGUGUAUGUUUCAUCGUAUCGAUAAGUUAUAAUUUAAUUAUGUAUUUUUUAAAUGUUUUUUAAAUAAAACUUAUUGUAAAUUUUGUGCAAA